AUAUUGAGAAGAAAAAAAAAGUUCUGAGGCGAAUAAGAACUACGAGUACAAGUGAUACCUGAGGCUGAGAUUAGCGUCUCGGUAAAUUCGAGGGGAAUGGGGUCGUUAGGUGGUGGUGGAAAUUGGGGUCCAUUUGGGAUGGGACAACUGAAUUUCCAUGAUUUCAACAACAAUAGGAGAAGAAGUCCAAGAAAAAGAAGCAUCAGAGAAUCAAAAUCCUCAUCUAAUUCAGCUGAUAUAACCGGUAGAACCGGUUACCAGUUCCCGGUGAAGCAAGCAUUCAUGGCCGCCUCUCUAGCCCUCACCGGCGACACUAUAGCUCAGCUCAGCCAACGCUGGGUGAAGUAUAAAGAAAGCCUUUCCAGCCCUCAGCAUCCCGAGGGUGUUUUGGGGGCAUUAUUUUCUGAACAUGGUUGGCUGCGUGCCCUCCGAAUGACUACCUAUGGCUUUCUAUUAUAUGGCCCGGGUACAUAUGCAUGGUACCAGUUCCUUGAUCGUACCAUUCCAAAGCAAACAUUCGAGAACUUAUUGGCUAAGGUCAUACUGAACCAAAUUGUGCUUGGUCCAACUGUAAUUGCUGUCGUUUUUGCAUGGAACAAUCUGUGGCAAGGGAAACUGUCAGAGCUUCCAAAUAAGUAUCAGAAAGAUGCUCUUCCUGCUCUUUUUUUUGGAUUUAGGUUUUGGAUUCCAGUCAGCAUAUUGAAUUUCUGGCUGGUUCCUCUUCAAGCACGCGUUGCUUUCAUGUCCUUGGGAUCUAUAUUCUGGAAUUUCUUCUUGUCUUCGACCAUGAGCAGGUGAUUUCUGCUGACAAGAAUCAUACUGGAGUUAGAAGCUUAUCAUGAGCAGAUCCUUUCGGGUAUUUCCUGGUCCAGAACUUAACACAAGUGUGGGGCUUCUCACAUCACUUAAUUGAAAAGAAUCUUCAUUUAAACUCUUCUUCCAGCGCACAGCCAGAUGUUGGAAGCUCGGUUUUUUAAGUUCUCAACGCUGAAAUUGAGGCUGCCAGAACUGUUUCUUAUGGAGUUGCAAUGUUUUCUUUUUCGGUAUUCAUGGCAUUCGUCAUAUUUUUCAUAAUUACCAUCUGAGAAGGUCAUUUUAUGUAUCAAUCAGCUCUAUUUUUCUUUAUGUUUUUGUUCAUUGAGAUCUUAUCAUCUUUCCUCUUCUUCAAGUAUGCUGUGUGCUCUACAGCUUCUGCUGAUUAGAUAAACUGCAGAGUCAUUUUUACUGCUGUUAGAUUGCAGAAUUAUGUAAUGAUUCUUUCGUCUACAAACAUUCUUGGAAUAGAUUUGAUGGAAACCAUUUGCUCUUAUCUUACCAUUA